AUGGGCAAUUCCUAUGCUGGACAGCUAAAGAGCACGCGGUUUGAAGAAGUCCUCCACAACUCCAUCGAGGCUUCCUUACGCUCCAACACCCUGGUGCCCCAGCCCAUCUUCUCCCAGCUGUAUCUGGAGGCUGAGCAGCAGUUGUCAUCGUUAGAAGAAACACAUGCUCUGCACGUUUGUAGCUCACACAAGGAGGCUUCUCAUCACUACCCAGAUGGUUUGUCUAGGGCCGCAAGCCGGCAGAGGCCUGUCUAUCACGGUUUCUCUGGGAACUGUGUUGGCUGUGGGAAGAAAGGCUUUUGCUACUUCACCGAGUUCUCCAACCACAUCAACCUGAAGCUGACCACACAGCCCAAGAAGCAGAAGCACCUCAAGUACUAUCUGGUUCGAAACGCACAAGGGGCACUCACCAAAGGACCUUUGAUUUGCUGGAAAGGCUCCGAGUUCAAAAGUCGGCAGAACUCCACCAACACCUGCUCCAGUUCUCUCUUCCCACCACUGGAGGGCUCGGGGUCCCUGGCUGCCUUCCCCACUGAGCCUGUUCCUGGGACAAACCCCAGUGUCCCAGUGGGAGCUCAACAGGCAGGACCAGCCUCUGAUCACCUCUCAGUGACCACAGCUACAGGUCCUGCUGUCUUCAAUGGCAAGGAUUCUCCCAAGCACCCACAGCUGGUGAAGAGUAGCCUGUCUGCCCUGCCACGCCCCUCAGCCUUAGGUAUCUUGCCAAACUCUGGGCCUCCCAAAAAACGGCACAAAGGGUGGUCCCCAGAGUCUAAAUCAACCACAGAUGGCGGCUUCAUCCAGGGUAGUGGCAGCAGAGCUAAGCAUGAAGGUCCCAGCAUGGCUUGUGUGCCCCAGGCUGGCUUGAUGGGACCGGCUUCAGUCACCUUCCCGGUGGUGGCCUCUGGUGAACCAGUGUCUGUUCCGGACAACUUACUGAAAAUAUGCAAGGCCAAACCAGUGAUAUUUAAAGGCAACCACGGGAACUUCCCCUACCUCUGCGGAAACCUGAAUGAUGUGGUCGUCAGUCCCCUACUGUACACCUGCUACCAGAACUCGCAGUCGCUUUCCAGAGCAUAUGAGCAACACGGUGCCUCUACCAUGCAGCCCAUAUCUGAGGAGACGCAGCUGCUGCUGCCGACCGUCUACUACCUCGUCCAGCUGGCUGCAGACCAAGUACCACUGAUGGAGGACCUGGAGCAGAUCUUCCUGCGCUCCUGGCGUGAAUCACACCUGACAGAGAUAAGGCAGUACCAGCAGGCUCCUCCACAGCCCUUUCCGCCAGCCACCACCACAGCAGCGCCUGUGACUUCUGCACAGCUGCCCUGGCUGGCGGGCCUGGCCGCCAGCUCUUGUAAUGACAGUGUGCAUGUUAUUGAGUGUGCUUACUCCCUGGCUGAGGGUCUCUCUGAGAUGUUCCGGUUGCUCAUCGAGGGAAAACUAUCCAAGACCAACUAUGUGGUCAUCAUCUGUGCCUGCCGGAAUGCUGCCAUUGACUCCUGCAUUGCUGUCACGGGGAAAUAUCAAGCCCGGAUUCUCUCUGAGAGUCUCCUCAGCCCUGCAGAGUACCAGAGAGAAGUCCACUAUGAGCUGGUCACUGGCAAAGUGGACUCGCUGGGGGCCUUU